GUCGCGCCUGAAGAGUGGCCACACUGAUUAACGAGGCGACGGCAGGAUUUUUUUUUUUCCAGCGACUGAGCUGCGGAGAAAGAUAGCUUUUUAAUAGCGUUCAACACUGCGAACACGCUCGGAUUAAGACAAGAAGCACCGCGGAAUUGAACUUUAAGGAUUUAUUUCCCCCCGGCGCGCCGGUUGGAAACAAACAGACGAAAAAAAAAAUAAUUAAAAAAAAAAGACCAUCUAUUUUAAUUCAGUGAGAAUGCAAAGGAAAAAAUAGAUGUCUUGGUCAUUUUUUCCCAGCGGUGCUACAGUGUGUGCGGUGGCUCUGCAGCUAAAAAGCCUGACAGGAGGAGAAAAGCUUCAGAUUUGACUUCAGUCUGGAGUGAUAAUGUCUUGACGUGGGCCAGGAAAGGACGCGUCAACGCCGGGCUGCUGCUAAUGGGACCUUCUGCUCCGCCAUGAGUGUUCGUGAUGGCGUCGGUGGUGUCGGUGGCAUCGGCACCCUGGGCCGACGGCAGCGCUUCCAGAACUCUGAGUUCACCGUGCGCAUCUACCCCGGUGCCCUCUCGGAGGGUACCAUCUACUGCCCAAUCAGUGCCCGCAAGACCACCACAGCCGCCGAGGCCAUCGAACGAGUCAUCGAGAGGCUGCAGCUGGACUGCACCAAGUGCUACGUUCUCGCCGAGGUGAAGGAAUUUGGAGGGGAGGAAUGGAUUCUGAACCCCUCCGACUGUCCGGUGCAGAGGAUGAUGCUGUGGCCCCGCGUGGCUCUAGAGCUCCGCCCACUGUCUGGUGGCGAGGAUUACCGCUUCCUACUAAGGCAGAAAAAUCUGGAUGGCUCUAUCCACUAUGGCGGGAGCCUCCAGAUGUGGCUGCAGGUGACGGAGGAGCGAAGGCGCAUGGUGGAACGUGGACUCCUACCGCAGCCGGACUCUCAGGGGGACUACGCRGAUCUGUGCUGCCUCCCGGAACUCAACGAGCGCUCCCUGCUGGACAACCUGCGCUUGCGCUUCCGCCAGGAAAAGAUUUACACUUACGUCGGGAGCAUCCUCAUCGUCAUUAACCCCUUCAAGUUCCUGCCAAUCUACAACCCCAAGUAUGUGAAGAUGUAUGACAAUCACUCACUGGGAGAUUUGGAGCCUCAUAUUUACGCCGUGGCGGAUGUGGCCUAUCACGCCAUGCUGAAGAGACAGAGGAAUCAGUGCAUUGUUAUAUCUGGAGAAAGCGGUUCUGGGAAAACACAAAGUACAAACUUUCUCAUUCAUCACCUGACUGCUCUCAGUCAGAAGGGUUUUGCCAGUGGAGUGGAGCAAAUAAUCCUGGGGGCGGGGCCAGUGUUAGAGGCAUUUGGGAAUGCAAAGACAGCACAUAAUAACAACUCCAGUCGUUUUGGGAAGUUCAUCCAAGUGAACUACCAGGAGAGUGGCACUGUGAGAGGAGCGUAUGUGGAGAAGUAUCUCUUGGAAAAGUCAAGACUGGUCUAUCAGGAGCACAAUGAACGAAACUACCAUGUGUUUUACUACCUGCUGGCAGGAGCAAGUGAAGAAGAGAGACAAGCCUUUCACCUCAAGAAGCCUGAAGAAUACCAUUACCUCAGUCAGAUGAAAAAGACACCGAGGCAGCUGCACUGGGACAGUUACUAUGAGAGCGAACCGGACUGUUUCACUGUUGAAGGAGAGGAUCUGAAGCAUGACUUUGAGAGGCUUCAGUUGGCCAUGGAAAUGGUGGGAUUUCUUCCUGCCACGCGCAAACAGAUAUUCUCUCUGCUGUCGGCCAUCCUUCACCUGGGGAACAUCCGCUACAAGAGGAAAACCUACAGGGACGACUCCAUAGACAUCUGCAACCCAGAGGAGCUGCCUGUGGUCUCUGAGCUGCUGGAGGUGAAAGAAGAGAUGCUGAUAGAAGCUCUGACCACACGGAAGACGGUGACAGUCGGGGAGAAGCUGAUCGUUCCCUACAGACUGGCCGAGGCUGGCACGGUGCGAGACUCCAUGGCCAAGUCUCUGUACAGUGCUCUGUUUGACUGGAUCGUCUUCAGGAUCAACCACGCUCUGCUGAACAUCAAGGACCUGGAGGAGACCACCAAGAUUUUGUCCAUCGGAGUGCUCGACAUUUUUGGUUUUGAGGACUACGAGAACAACAGCUUUGAACAGUUCUGCAUCAACUUCGCCAACGAGCGUCUUCAGCAUUACUUCAACCAGCACAUCUUCAAGCUCGAACAGGAGGAAUACAGGGCGGAGGGCAUCAGCUGGAGAAACAUCGAUUACAUCGACAACACGGGCUGCAUCGACCUGAUCAGCAAGAAGCCCACGGCGCUGUUCCACCUGCUGGAUGAAGAGUGCAAUUUCCCUCAAGCCACCAAUCAGACGUUGUUGGAUAAGUUCAAGCGGCAGCACGAAGGAAACGCCUACAUCGAGUUCCCCGCCGUCAUGGAGCCCGCCUUCAUCAUCCGACACUAUGCUGGCAAAGUCAAGUACGGCGUCAAGGAUUUUAGGGAAAAGAACACGGAUCACAUGCGUCCAGACAUCGUAGCUCUACUGAAAAGCAGCAAGAACGCCUUCAUUUGCGGGCUGAUMGGCAUCGACCCAUCAGCCACUUUCCGCUGGGCGGUACUCCGAGCCUACUUCAGGGCCCUGGUGGCUUUUAGAGAGGCUGGGAAGAGACACACGCACAAGAAGACCGGGCAUGAUGACGCUGCUCCCUGUGCAGUAUUGAAAAGUGUGGAUAGUUUUAGCUUUCUGCAGCACCCUGUGCAUCAGAGAAGCUUAGAGAUCCUGCAGAGAUGCAAAGAGGAGAAGAACAGUAUGACCAGGAAGAGUCCACGCACGCCUUUGUCAGACAUUCAUGGAAGCAACACCAUCAAUGAGAAAUCUCCACGGAGUUCUCCAGCGUCUGGCUGGAACAGGCGCGUUGGUCGACAGGGACGCUUGUCAUCCGGCGCCUCCACCACAGAAGAAGACGGCAUCUUUGUCAACUCCGCCAGCAGCAAACUCCUGGAGAGAGCCCACGAUAUCCUGAUGAGGAACAAAAAUUACAAAUCUAAACCAGUUCUCCCAAAGCAUUUACUGAACGUCAAGUCACUGAAGUACCUGAACAACCUGACGCUUCACGACCGCAUCACCAAGUCGCUGCUUCACCUCCACAAGAAGAAGAAACCCCCCAGCAUCAGCGCACAGUUUCAGGCUUCUCUCAAUAAACUGAUGGAGACUCUGGGUCAGUCUGAGCCUUAUUUUGUCAAAUGCAUCCGUUCCAACGCUGAUAAGCUGCCCUUACGCUUCGAUGAUAACCUGGUGCUGAGACAGCUGCGGUACACAGGGAUGCUGGAGACGGUGCGCAUCCGCCAGUCAGGAUACACCGUCAAGUUCAGCUUCAAGGACCUUGUUCACCACUUCAGCGUGCUGCUACCGGAGGGCACYGGUGCUUCCAGGGAGAGCAUCCAGGAAUGUCUGGAUCACCUGAACCUACAAGCUGAAGGGUAUCAAGUAGGAAAAACGAAGGUGUUUCUGCGGGAGGCUGAGCGUCAGCGGCUGCAGGCCUCGCUCCACGCAGAAGUGCUCCGAGUCAUCGUCAUGCUGCAGCGCCGAUUCAGAGCGCAGCUGGAGAGGAAGCAGUUUGUUAGGAUGAGGGAAGCGGCCAUCUGCAUCCAGAAACGAUGGCGUUCUCACCUGUCCGCAAAGAAGCAAGAAGAUUAUGACCCCAGUGCUGUGGAGGGGGCAGCCCUGUGCCUGCAGACACACUGGCGAGGCUACAGAGAGCGGCAGAGGCUCCGGCAGCAGAAGGAGGCYGCUCGGGUCCUGCAGGUGGCGUGGAGGUCCUGGCUCUGUCGGCGCUGCGCGGCGGCCGUGGUCAUCCAGGCGGCGUGGCGCUGCCAUCGAUCCAGAGAGGACUACUUGCGUCUGUGUGACUCCGUGAUACGGUUACAGGCGGCGAGCAGAGGUUUCCUCACCAGGCGGAGCUUUAAAGAACUGAGAGAACAGAGACUGAGAGAAGAGAAGGAGGAACAAGAGGAGCUCCUUCAGCUCCAGAAUGGCCAGGUGAGCGUCUCACCUGUAGAGGAGGAGGAGUCGCCGCCUGAGAGCAUCAUGGGUCUGGACCUCAGCAUGUGGGAGGAUCGUUCCUACGAGCAACGGGAAAAGAGCCUCCACGAUCUCAGCACCCACAGGAGCGCAGCCACGGUGGAGGACAAGGAGGAGGAUGGAAGUUCAGGGGGGAAAGAGGAAACCGAAGCUCCCGCCUCGGUGCGAGAGAGGCCGAGGGCUGGUGACGAGCAGGGCCCCAAAACCACCCGGGCCAAGAGGGAGAGCCGGCGGCUGCGAGAGCUGGAGCAGGCCAAGUUCAGCCUGGAGCUCCUCAAGGUCCGAGCAAACAGCGGUGGAGCCUCGUCCCCCUCUGAGGAGCGGCGCUGGUCUCUGGAGCUGGUGGCCCCCACCAGCCCAACCGUCCAGUCCCCGCAAGGCACCCCCGACAGCCAGAGCUCCAAAGGCAGCUUUGAGCUCCUCACUAUGGACGAGGAGCCUCUGAAGGCUACGGAGGAGGUGAUGGACAUGGAGAACCCCUUCUCUCCUGUCCAAUCUAUUGCUCCAGUGUCAGAUUUUGAUGUGGAGUCCGGUCCAUCGAGCCCCAAACAUCCUGAACCUCACGGGACGAAGUUUACAGAUGAUGUUAAUCCUGAAAAUAACCAGAGCCCGACUGGACUGGAUCUGUCUGCUCCCCCUGCCCCCUCGUAUCCUUCCAAAAUGGAGAACUACCUCCCGACGUUUUAUGUUCCUGCCCGUGAAGGUAGCACAGCAGCCUCCCAGCAGCAGCAGCAUCAUCAUCAUCAUCAGACUACUGAAGAACCUCAGAGGAACAAAGAACCGGCUGUUUCUACAACCACCUCUGCCAUUCUGAAGCCUCUGAAAGAGAGACGGGAGUCGUCCCGCCGUCCUGUGGUUGUGGUCAUCAGCAUGCAGAAAGAAACGCCCCUCAGUGAGGAGCUGAGGAGCAUCUUCUCUCCUCCGGUAGACUUCAAAGAUUCUGCAGCGCAGACGGGGGAUUUGACGUCUUCGUCACAGGAACCAGCAUCUGCGAGCUGCGGCCCCGCCUCUCGGCCCGACCAGUUCGUCAUCGAGAAGCUGGUGCAGCUGAACGAGGAGAAGGAGGAGCGCCAGCGCCAUCAGCAGCAGCAGAACGAGAAGGAGAUGAUGGAGAAGAUACGACAACAGAAAGAAGCCCUGGAGCAGCAGAGGCUCAUCUUCGCUCAGUACGAGAAAGACAUGUUUGAGAAGCAGAAAGAGGAGGCCAGGCUCAGGAUCGAGCAGAGCCAUCAGGCCGGGCGGGACGCCACCAAAACCACGAGCCCCGUCAAAACCUCCAGACCCAGCUCCUUGCUGAUGGAGAAAACCUCCCAGCAGGCUCCUCACGGCAGGACGCAGUCGGACUCCACACCUCCACCGCUGCAGUCUCCUCCAGGUCUGGACGGUCAGGGUCGAGGCCGUUACCCCCAGCUGCCCCCGCCGCCUUCAUCUGCCCCCACCGAGAGGCGCAAAGACAGUCGGCCUGCCGCUGAGGGCUGGGCGCCCAAACUCACACUGGAAUCAAGAGCAGGAAGCCGAGCGAAGACCUCUGCCAAGAAAAUCCAACAAAAACAAGUUAGCACGGUCAGUUUGACCGAUAAACCAGCAAACAUCUUCUUCUCUCCCAACGACAAAGUGACGUUUACCUCUUUUGACAGUGAUGCGCCAUCUAAAGAAGCAGCUGUUCCCAAAGAAGGACCCACGUCAGCCUCCAGGCCCUCUAAAGGAGCAAAAGCACGAGAUGUCGGCAGAGUGGGCCAUAAAAAGAAAGCCCGAAUGGCACGGACCCGCUCCGACUUCCUCACCCGCGGCUCCAGCCUUACAGCUGGGGGCCACUCGGACGAGGACGACUACGGCGGCGACAGCCUCGCCGGCUCCCGUCAUUUCACACUGCCCCUCUCCAAACAGAGCUCCACGGAGGUGGGCCUGAGGGGGUCCUGUUUCAGUGACUCGGACAUGCCUGAAAGCUCUGAGGUACAAAAGAAGUUACACAAAGCCAUGUCAUCAGGAGAUCUGGGCAAAGUGGACUCGAUGCGCAAGAAUUCACAAGAUGGACGGAUUCGGGGUAAAAUGCGUUUCUGGGGCAAAUCCAAGUACGGAGAAAAGAAGCCAUCCAAAGAGAAGCUGAUUGGUGGAGGUGAUUCCUUCGAUGGAGACUCUGGUGAUACCGGGCCGUUACUUGGAGACAGCCAGGAAAACACCUCGCCCCCCUACAGUCCCGACAUAAUCCUGGAUCGAGGCUUCAGAGACCUGAAGGARAACAAGGAGCCGUCUCCCAAGGUGAAGAGGAGGAGGAGUGUGAAGAUCAGCAGCGUGGCCCUGAUGGAGCCCGCUCAGUGGCAGAACGACUCGCUGCAGAUCCUCACCUCCAUCAACGACUACAGGAGCAUGAACGGCUUCCUCAUGAAGAAGAUCAGUGACUUGGACACRGAGGAUGGUAAGAAGGACACGAUGGUGGACGUGGUGUUUAAGAAGGCUCUAAAGGAGUUCCGUCUAAACAUCUUCAACUCGUACUCCACAGCUCUGGCAAUGGAUGAUGGGAAGUGUAUCCGCUACAAAGACCUUCACGCUCUGUUUGAGCACAUCUUGGAGAAGACCAUGCGUCAGGAGCAGCGGGACUGGAGGGAGUCUCCUGUCAAAGUGUGGGUCAACACCUUCAAGGUGUUCCUGGAUGAGUUCAUGACUGAGUACAAAUCACUGGACAAUACAGUCAGCAAGCAGGCACCUAAACCUGAAAGCAAAAAACGGAGGAAAAAGGACACUGACAUUGUGGAGGAGCAUAAUGGCCACAUUUUUAAAUCCACUCAGUACAGCAUCCCCACAUACUGUGAAUUCUGCUCCUCUCUAAUCUGGAUGAUGGAUCGGGCCUGCGUCUGCAAGUUGUGCCGAUACGCCUGCCACAGGAAGUGCUGCCAGAAGACCAGCACCAAAUGCAGCAAGAAGUUCGAUCCAGAGCUCUCCUCCCGACAGUUCGGAGUGGAGGUUUCUCGCCUGACCAGCGACGAGAGGACGGUUCCCCUGGUGGUGGAGAAGCUGAUCAACUACAUCGAGAUGCAUGGCCUGUACACGGAAGGAAUUUACAGAAAGUCUGGCUCCACUAACAAAAUUAAGGAGCUCAAGCUGGCGCUGGACACAGAUGUGGAAAACAUGACUUUGGACGACUACAACAUCCACGUUAUCGCCAGCGUUUUCAAACAGUGGCUGAGAGACCUGCCCAAUCCACUGAUGACGUUUGAGCUGUAUGAGGAGUUUGUCCGAGCCAUGGGUUUGCAGGAUAAAAAAGAGACGGUUCGAGGAGUUUAUUCUGUCAUCGACCAGCUCAGCAGGACUCACCUCAACACUCUGGAACGCCUCAUGUUUCAUCUGGUCAGGAUCGCCCUGCAAGAAGACACAAACCGGAUGUCGGCUAACGCCCUGGCCAUAGUUUUUGCUCCCUGCAUCCUCCGCUGUCCUGACACCACCGACCCUCUGCAGAGCAUUCAGGACAUCAACAAGACGACGGCGUGUGUAGAGCUCAUCAUUUGUGAACAGAUGAAUAAAUACAAAGUGCGGCUAAAGGACAUCAGCAGCCUGGAAUUUGCUGAGAAUGAGGCCAAGUGUAAACUGAGCAUCAUUCGACGAUCCAUGAGACCCGUACUAAUAGCUGUUAGAUUUAUGAGCAUUGCACAUAUUAUGCUGGCAAAUUCAGCUAAAAAGGGAAAAGGCCCGGGGCGACGGCAGAGCUAUCACGCACCUUCCCCUCCGGUCAGUCCUCGGCUGCCGCCUGCAGCCGACGCCGCCAGAGAGCAGGGCGUAGAAGAAGAAAAGGGAACAGAGUCGCUGGAGAUCUCCGAGCAUCAGCAGGCCGCCAUGCAGCAGGAAGAGAAAGUGCUGACGGAGCAAAUAGAAAACCUGCAGAAGGAGAAAGAGGAGCUGACUGUUGAGAUGCUGACUCUGGAGCCACGAGCAUCAGAUGAUGAGACUCUGGAGUCGGAGGCCUCCAUCGGCACAGCUGACAGCUCUGAAAACCUCAAUGUGGACUCUGAGGAACCCACUUCAGACUUCUCUGAGAGGAGUCCGGCGCUGACCUCCCUGCUGCCUCGCAGAAACGACGGGCAGAGCCACCAUCGACGCGCUCGCCGCCCGCAGCCUGACAGCCUGGACUCUGCGGACUCCUCCUUCUACUCCUCUUCAUCGCACUUCCACCCAUCGCCGUCCUCCUCCUCCUCCCAGCGGUUCCGGUUCCACUCCAAAGCCCCGGGCCAGCCUCAGCCUCAGCCUCAGGCCCUGAACGCACCCCGGUCCUCCCGAGCCGCCGGCCUCGACAGCAGCCCCACGGCAGAGCAGGAGGGCACCUCCGGAGAAAGGCCCCAGUUUACGAGCCGCGGCACAUACAACCCAGAGAAAGGCAAGCAGAAGCUGAAAGGGGCGAGACAUUCAGCAGCCAAGCACACGAGAGAGGGCGAGAGCCACGCCGGGGACCCCCCUGACAUCCCCCAGCACCUGGUACUGUACGGCAACAAUGAAUUCAUGGUAUGAAGGACACCAGGACCACGAAGCGCUCGCUGCUCAGCUCCCAGGCAAACAUGUUCAGUCUCAGCAGGUCUUUGAAUCAGUCAUGCUUCGCCUUCCCUCGUUGACUCCUGCAGAAGAAGCGCCGUGCCCGGUGAAUCGGGAAAGCCCCUCYGUCUCCUCCCACGCUUUCACAGCUCCUCCCUCAGCGCAGCGAGGAGUCGCACGGGACAGCAGGACGGAGAAAAAGCAGCGCUGGAACAAGGGGAGGACCCCUCAGCAUCAGGGAACGUUACCGAGUCGGAAAGCUGAGAAGAAACGUCGUCCGGUGAUGUUCCGGUGGACUUUAAGCUCAGAGUUAUUAUUCGCUGCUUUAUUAGUUUACAGUUGAUAACAAACAGUGUGAGCAGUUGAUGUUCUGUUAUUUGCAAGAUUAUGUUUCCUUAUUUAAUAAAUUUAUUAUCACAGAAAUGCUUUAUAAUAAUAUACAAUUAUAAAUACUGUACAAAGCUGGAACACCAGCCUCUGCUGGGUAGUUGAAGUUAAAUAUUUCUCUUUUUUUUUUUUUGCUAUCCUAGAUUAGGCUGUUCGCAUUUGCGCAGUGAAUGCUACGUGUGUGUGUGUGUGUGUGUGUGUGCGUGUGCUGAUGUGCUGGGCGCACACGUGUGAAAGACAAAACCAUUUCAUGUGUUUUAAGUUUCUGCUGCUUCUCUCCCUGUUUGAGGAGAACACCGCCAUCAAAGGGACCAAGUCAGCUGGUGUGUGUGUGUGUGUGUGUGUGUGUGUGUGUGUGUGUGUGUGUGUGUGUGUGUGUGCGCUCCAGCCCAGCUCUUUGAGAAUGUCACAUGGUCAAAGACGUGUCUGCAUCCUUCUGCUUCACAGCCAUACGACACUUAAAGCAGUUCAUGUGUACAGAGCGUUGAACAAACGUCAUCCUGUUGUUGAAAUCUACCGUUGCCUACCCACUCCCUCCUGUCUCUGAACUGUUUGCUCAACAGCAACCAAGAUACCACAUAAAAUCAUUUUGUCUCAUCGUUA